AUGAGCAUUUCGAACAUCAAAAGACAGCGUCAAUUUACUUUCAAAAUUGUUGCUCAGCUUGUGAUAUCAACUGUAAUGAUGGCAGGGCCAUCAACUUAUUUCACCAUCAGUGGCAUUACCGGUUGGCAGUGCAGCUUUAUAUAUGUUUUCAACAACCUCUUCGUUUUAUUACUCGGAACGCAUCCCUUCGUUUCUUCUAUUUAUACUCUAUUUGCAUGGACAAACUACAGACAAUACUUUGCAGAUCUCAAGAGACAUUCACCGAAUCCCCUAAAAGAAUUUUUUCGCUUCAUGGUCUUCUUUCUUCUCAUUCUUCGCCUAUUCUAUUCGGCACGACAAAAGUGUUACUUGAGCCGUGCUGAAAAAAUUAGAAUAUAUCAUGAGUACAAUGGUAGCAUUCCCACGUUUUAA